UUUACACAUUUUUUCUUUAUUCUCAUUUAAUAUAUGAUGUCAACUGAAUUUGAAGACAUUCCUGAGCUUAUCCCAGUAACUAAUUCAACUGAAGUAACAACUCCCAUUGAAGAAAAAGAAGGAGAGCAUAAAAAGAUUCCAGUUACCAUUGUCACAGGCUUUUUGGGUAGUGGAAAGACAACACUGUUGAAUUAUAUUUUAACAGAAAAACAUGACAAAAAAAUUGCUGUUAUUCUAAAUGAGUUUGGAGAAAGCAGUGAUAUCGAGAAAAGCUUGUCUGUUAAUCAGGAUGGAACCCUUUAUGAAGAAUGGUUAGAGCUUCGAAAUGGUUGCUUGUGUUGUUCUACAAAAGAUGUUGGAGUAAAGGCCAUUGAGAAUCUUAUGGAAAAGAAAGGAAAAUUCGAUUAUAUUUUGCUAGAAACAAGUGGAUUAGCUGAUCCAGGACCUAUUGCUUCUAUGUUUUGGUUGGAUGAAGGAUUAGGCAGUGAAAUUUACUUGGACGGUAUUGUAACAUUAGUCGAUGCUAAGCAUAUUAGGGAAUAUAUGACCGAGAAAAAGAAAGAUGUCAUGAUUAAUGAAGCACUCAAGCAAAUUGCAAUUGCAGAUCGUAUUGUUAUUAAUAAAAAGGACUUGUUAACAGAAGAAGAAAUAAAUCAACUUGAACAAGAUUUAUCUUCUAUUAAUUCUGUAGCUGAUAUGCUAGUUACUGAAAGAUCAAGAAUUCCAUUAGAUUAUGUAUUAAAUAUCAAUGCAUAUGAUGUUAAUAAUGCUGAUGCUUUAUUGAAACAAACAGAAAAAAUUGAAGAACAUGGAAGCAGUCAUGCCCACCAGAUUGGCCAUGAUGUUCAAACUGUAUGUAUUCAAUUUGACGAACAACUCGAAAGUAGUGAGGAAUUUGAAAACUGGAUACAAGAGUUAUUAUGGGAAAAGAGAAUAUUGGGUACAAGCAACAAUGAAGAGCCAGUGAUCGUUCUCAGACUUAAGGGCAUUUUAUAUCCUCCUAAAAAUAAGAUGGAAGAAAGUGGUAAACAGAAGAAAAGAAUGGUAGUUCAAGGUGUACAAGAUUUAUAUGAUAUCCAAGAAGGAUUUACAGGCGAUGAUAUUAAUGAAGAUGAUACCUCUAGCAAGAUUGUUUUGAUUGGAAAAAAUUUAGAUAAAGAAAAGAUAUCUAAAUCGUUUACAAAUUUAUUAAGAGUUAAACAUAGAAUUAUUUAAUAGAAUUUUAAUAAUAAAAUAAAUAAUAGC